UUCAAACCCUGAUGACAAAGAGAAGUGCAAAGUUCACUGAUGCCGCCGCGAAAGACUAGCUGAUGGCCGUUGACCAGGACACAGAGCCGACAGCCUACCUGGACAGCCUUCCACGUGCUGGUUUGGAGGAUGAUACCGAUUCCGAUGAGGCAUCGGGCACAGAGACUGAAGAUGAUCAAGAUUUGGCCAAUGGCGCAUCUGACUGUGCAGACUUGCAAGACAAAGUCAACUCGCUGAUUCGUCAGAUUUGUGGAGACCCUGUGGAGCGGUCCAAUGAAGUGCGCACAGAACCUCAGGGGGCUGAUGCAGGUGAUCAGGCGAUCCUGGAAGGCGCUGACCGUGCCGGCCCAGGCAACCACGAGAUGAGCGACCGGCCUCGACAGGUUCCACAGAUUCCGCCAUAUUGGCCGAUCCCUUUGUUGCCCUCAUCUAAGAUCAACUCAGAACUUCAAAAUGUGGUGAACGCCAGCAAUUUCCAACCCGCUGACUUCUUCACUCUGGCCAGCUACCUUCUACAGCAACGCCUUCGCAGGCUCCUGCGCAGCGAUGAUGUGGUCAUUCAUCAUCAUUGCGGCCAAUGGGUCAUGAGAGUCAAUGAGCUCCAGAUGGAACUGACGGUGCAUGCGGACAAUGAGAACAUGGCGAAGCAACUCCUCUACGCUAUGUUGGCCUUGCGUUUGAAGCUUGGCGGGGAGGAGAGGACAGUUAGCAGUGGCAAAAAGAAGAGAGACAAGCAUGCGGCCGUUGGUAACCCCAAAAAGAAAGAGGGCAACAGCACUUCUGCUGGCAAGGAUGCGACGAAAAAGUUGGUUGAUGACAUGAUACGUGCUUUGGAGUCGGACAUUGCCUCGCGCCCUUAUAGCAUCGGCUCUCUUGCAGCAGUCGCUGCGAACAAUGACAGCAGCAAAACGCCUUUUGGGGUCCGCUUCAGAUGGCUCCACAGAGGCAAAUUCAAAUCAUGGGUGGAAAAGAACAUCCCAGGAAUAACUAUCCACAAGGAUAAUACUUUGAGCUACUCCAGAUCAAGCGAGUCAUACCGCACAAAGAAGAAAUCUCGUCGCUGAAGACUUGCGGUAUUUGGCUGAGGAACUGACUCAAAGUGGUGUUGACAGCCUUAGCUAAGCUAAAGGGCAAAGCCAACCAGGGUCGCAGCUGGGGAAAAUGACAGGGCUAUGAAACAGGGUCACAGAAUGUCACAAGCAUCAUCCUGG